AUGAAUGCCAAGUGUUCCCCGGAUAUUAAAAGCCGUUGGCGGACUUACGGCACUUAUAAACUGCUGUUGUGGGCGUGGAUGAUGAACGAAGUGGCUCUCGUGUUCGCCCCCGUCGACAUGUCCCACAACGGUUUCUACGUCCACGGCUUACUCCACGCCGUCGCGGCUGUCGUCAUAGGAGUCCCGUUAAUUUAUUCGGAAGUUUGUGUUGCUCAGUACACUAACUGUAACGUGAUCACAAUGUGGAACUUUUUCCCCCUGUUUCGAAGCGUCGGCUACGGAACUAUAUAUCUAGCCGCGCUGAAGGCCGUCUACUUGACGGUCGCUACGUCUUGGUACCUGGAGUACACGUUUUUCGCCGUCCUGGAUCCACCGCCGUGGUUCUCCUGCGACGAAUUCAGAGAAACGAAGUGCAUGGUGAAACGCGUAAACGUAUCGAUAUUCCAACAUUGCUUAGAGGCGCAGAACCUGUUCGACGACGACUGCGGAAUGAAAACCGCCAGCGGCUGCUUCUUUGAUCGCGAGAUCGGCGACAACAAUACGUUGAUGAGAACCUGCGUUCGCGUUUGGAAAAUGCUAAUCGCCAGUUGCACCUCGGGCGCGGCUUGUUUCGCUCUGUCUUUGAAAGUAGAGAAGUGCAUUAAGGUCGCGCUGAGGGCCCUGGCGAGUUACGUCUGUCUCGGGGUGUUGGUGCUGUUCUGCGUUGCGUUGUCGUCGAGCGGCACUUGGUACGCGACCAAAAUAGCCAUGAACUGGAGCGAAUUCAACUACAAACAUUGUUUUUACACGUUCACGCGCGGUGUUCUUUCAUGCGGAACGGGAUGUGGAGUUAUUGGCUUUUUAUCCCGCGACGUUUCAUUCCGCAGCCCGGCCACUAUGACUUCCGUUACUAUUUCUCUGUUUUCCGUUUUCGUUACGCUGCUCCUAGGUCUUAUUAUUUUCAGUGGAAUUAAAACUAUGUCGUAUUACCACGGCGAAGAGGAAAACGUUUUAGAGAUGGGCGAGAGCGUGUUCUUCACGCCGUUCGCUUCGGUCUCGGAAAUUUUAAGUUAUUUCGACAGAAUGUGUUCGGUUGUAAAAUGUCAUUACGACACUUCCAAUUUAUGGGGGUUGUUUAUUCCGAGAGAGAAUUGGGGCCCGCAAGAUAUGAUUUUGUUCAGAAGCAGAAACAUGUUCGUUCCUGAAAUCAUGACUCGAGAGUUUCUUUACCGCCAAGUGCGAAUACGGGGCUACGGGAGGAACGAGAAGACUGCGAAAAACCCAAAGGAUAGACUUUCAGAAGAAUCGAUCGUGGAUAAAACGGAAUGGAGUGCAUUAACGUCUAACUAA